AUGCGAGUACAAGUACCUGUACAUGCGCGGGACCCCGAUGCGAGGUUGCAGCGACCGACGCAGGGAACCAACUGCCACUGCUGGCCAUCGCCUUCCGCCCUCCGCACCCUGCCAUCACCGCAUCAUCACCACGACGGCCUUCGCCUCGGAAGUCGUCCGCUCCGUUGGCCUUGUCCCCCAUGUGGCCGCCGUCCAUCUCCUGCCUCUGUUCCACCCGCCGUGCCGUGCCCUCCCCGACGAGGUGACCAGCGAGCCGGGCCAGCACGAAGCGGGAGCCUCGUCACCGUCGAAGCCGUGUCCGACGACACGAAACGUCGGUCAGCCGGGCAAACGAAUCGAGCCGAGGCCAUCCUGCCCAGUGUACGAAGAGUACUCCGUACUGUCGUCUGCACCGAGCUGAACGAAGCGACAUGCCCGAGCCGCUGCCCUCGUGCCCAAGGUGAGCUUCCCAUUCUCGACGGCACGCCAGCUCGUCCGCCCGCCGGCCUGCUAACCUCGGCCACGGCCCGACGAGAAGCAGAUAGCCUCGCCGCCGACGCAGCCCCCGUCUCCCAUUCUUGUUCUGACGCCCGACCGCCUCUCCGCUUCUGGCAUCGUCGUCCGCUCGCCCACAACCACCAUCACGAUCACGACCACGGCCACGACCACGACCACGACCACGACCACGACCACGGCCACGACCACAACGACCACGACCACGGCCACGACCACGGCCACGACCACGACCACGACCACGACCACGACCACGACCACGACCACGACCACGACCACGACCACGACCACGACCACAGCCACGACCACAGCCACGACCACAGCCACGACCACGACCACGGCCACGACCACGGCCACACACACAACCACCACGACUACGGCCACGGCCACGGCCGCCGACCCUCACCUUCUCAUAUCUGGGAGGAGCUGUCCCAGCGGCUUUCGUGCCUCGAGGCCAAGAACAACGGCGCCUUUGGCGAGUGCGAAGAUGGCGUCUUUCGCGAGCAGCACGACUUUGACCAGGAGUGCGACCGCUGCUCCGACGAGGACGAAGGCAUCGGCGACCUUGGCGAGGAGGACUUGAGCCCCUCCGCCGCCCUGACGCCCGUGACGUCACCCUCCUCCAAGAGAGCCGUGGACGAGACGGCCGACUCGGAGAGCCACCGUAAGAAGCAAAAGAUGUGA